AGCUCAGCCCUCGAGCGGCCGCCGCGGCAGUCUCCUCCCCGGAUACCAGGCUCCUUUUCCCCGGCUCGUAUAUAAAGCUAGCAGGAUCCACACAACGCCGUCCCCCGGCCGCUCUAUUUUUUCCCUGUUGAUGGUCAGACUCUGCGAGAGAAGGAUGAAGUUCCUUGUGGCCGUUACGAUCAUUGUGGGAUCUCUGAUUUUCCUCGCUUUCCCAAAUGGCUCCUCUGCUGACGAGAAGAAGAAAGGCCCCAAAGUGACCGCGAAGGUUUUCUUCGACAUGAAAGUCGGAGAUGAGGAAGUUGGGAGAAUCGUCAUUGGGGUGUUUGGGAAAACGGUUCCCAAGACGGCAGAAAACUUUAUCGCUCUGGCAACAGGAGAGAAAGGAUUUGGUUACAAGGGCAGCAAAUUCCACAGAGUCAUCAAGGACUUCAUGAUUCAGGGUGGAGACUUCACCAGAGGAGACGGCACCGGCGGCAAGAGCAUCUACGGAGACCGUUUCCCCGAUGAGAACUUCAAGCUGAAGCACUACGCCGCCGGCUGGCUGAGCAUGGCCAACGCCGGCAAAGACACCAACGGCUCCCAGUUCUUCAUCACCACCAUCCAGACGCCGUGGCUGGACGGCAAACACGUGGUCUUUGGGAAGAUCCUGGAGGGGAUGGAUGUAGUGAAAAAGAUCGAAAGCACAAAGACAGAUGGCCGCGAUAAGCCUCUCAAAGACGUUGUCAUCCACGACUGCGGCAAAAUCGACGUGGAGCAGCCAUUCGCCGUGCCCAAGGAAUAGUGGCGCUGCUGCUGGGGGAGACUGGGGGGGGGGGGGGGGGG